CGCAAAACGAGGGGCAAGCCCUUUCGUGGACUGAAAGUGUUGCUCGCGCUUUGUCGGAGCCACAAAACGACGACUGCAGUCCAGGCAGAUUGUCCUAUACAGUCAAGGGUAAAAAAUCGUGUGCGAUGGGCCUCUUCGAAAAGAAGGGCAGCUAGCAGCCGCUGUAGGUGUUCCCCCAGUGCAGCUUUUUUCCGCAAUUGGGUAUGGCAACCCGACGUCGUCGGUCUCGUGACUUGACCAUAUAUAUCGACCGGUUCUUCGAUUCAACAAGCACCAUAGCAAGCGUAGCAUAAUUCACCAUGGCUUCGGAUAAACGGUCUUAUCUCAUUGUUGGUGCCGGCGUUUUUGGCGUUUCUACUGCAUACUACCUCAUCAAGAAGUACCCCAAGGCUUCGGUCACCAUCGUCGACCGUGAUGCCUACGAUGCCCAGUCACGGGUGGCAGCCUCUUGGGACUGGAACAAGGUCGUGAGAGCUGACUACGAUGACAUUGUUUAUUGCAAAAUGGCGCUCGAAUCUCAGGACAUCUUCAACAAUGACCCGUUAUGGAAGCCGUAUUUUCACCAGACUGGCAUAUAUUGGAUGUGCCGCGACGACUACGCCGACAAGGUCGUCGCGAAUUACAAGAAGCUCGGCCGCGUUGCGGAUCUACGAGCUGUGCCCGUCGAAGAGGCAAAAAAGCUUUACGGUGGCUUGUUCAAGGAUGCCGAUUUCACGGGCGUCAAGGCUGUGCUAGUGAAUAAGACGAGCGGUUGGGGCGCUGCUGGGGACUGCUUGCGAGCCGUCACUCGAGAGGCAGUCAGAUUGGGUGUCAAGUACGUGACGGCGGAAGUGUCCUCGUUGACCUUCGACCAGCAAGGACGUUGCACUGGCGUCAAGACUUCGGAUGGCAAGGUCAUUGAGGCUGCACAUGUCAUUCUCUCCACAGGCGCAUUCACACCCAAGCUACUGGAGCAGAGUGCCAUGGCAACCGGGAAACUCGACCUUCGUGCUGGUGACAGGAUCACAGCUGCUGGAAUCACCACCGGCAUGGUGAAGCUCGAGGGAGACAUGCUUCGCAAAUUCGCGUCCAUGCCCGUGGGAGUGCAAGGGUACACCGCGCAGACAGGCCCGUUCAUAGGCAGUCUUCCGCCCACUCCGGACGGCGAGCUCAAGUGGUGGGGACAGACGAUCUUCAGGAACACGCAGGAGAUCUAUCCCGGACGGCACAUCUCCAUUCCUCCCCCCAGGCAAGACUACGCGCAGUGGGAGAUUCCAGGUCGGCUGAGGAAAGACAUCGAGCACGCGAGAGACGUCUUUUACGGUUCGAAGAGCAAGAACUGGAAGAUGGAGAAACACAGAGUGUGCUGGGACGCUUUCACAACUUCAGCCGACUUUAUCAUCUCCCCUCAUUCCGCCGCCCCCGGUUUGUACAUAGCUACGUGCGGCAACUUCCACGGAUGGAAAUUCUUCCCCGUGCUAGGUAAAUAUGUCAUCCAAAUGCUGGAAAACACCCUGCCCUCCGACCUGGCAGAAAAAUGGGGAUGGGACCGAGACCGCCCAGACCCUUCUGCCAAUCCGGACUGGCCUCGCGCCGAGAUGGGCCAUAUCCUCAACGUGCCUGAGCGUGCCAAGCUAUGAUGCAUGUGCGUAGGAUGAGACGACGACAACGACAACGGCGAAGACCACGUGCUUGGCGGAAAACGAUGUCGGGACGCGAAUGAAACUUGAGCAUUUACAAGACCGGCGCUUGCUGAUGUUUGGGAAAGCAAAUGGCGUCCGUUCGUGAGCAAUAAUUUUUUUUUUCUUUUUCUUUUUGCUCGUGCAUCAAAAGGCAAGCAAAAAAAAAGGGGGGG